GGGAGAGGAAGGGGAGGUAAAAGCGAGGUCAGGGUGGCGUCACCAUGACAACCACCACAGCAACAACAUUUGUUGAGGUGACAAAGUUUUUAAAACUUUCCGUGGAGUCCCUGGAUUUAGGUGGAUCAAUAUACGUCCGUGAAAUCUGAAACCAGGUUACAAGGAUGAACUCCACAAAUUUAUCUCAAACUCAAAAGCAGUCAGCUGAGAAGACUGUACUGAAUCUUGCCUCUAACGAUCUGCUGUGCAGCUGCUGUCUUCGGAAGCAGUCGGAAGCACCGGUGGAGGAGCUGCUGAAGAAAACAUCGGAAGCAAUUUUGAAAAGACGAGUAAAUGAGACAAGGGAAGAGAUUGGCAAAAUUAUGAAAAGGGUGAACAAUAUCUAUGGAGCUUAUCUGCAGAAUGAAAAGGAUGUACAGUGUUUCGAAGAUGUUGAUGUUCCAAGCUUCAAGUGUAUCACAGAUAUUAAGCAGUUGCAACAAAUCCUGAAAGACCAGGUGAAGAAACAACAGUAUCAAAAACAAGUAACGGUGUUCCUCAUUGGUUAUUCCGAGUUGUGUAACCAGAAGCAUCAACUCCUGAGUGAACUUCACGAGUUCUUCACCAAUCAAAACCAACAAAUAUGGUCGCCAUUGUUAGAGGAAGAGGAGGAGGAGGAGGAGGAGGAGGAAAAGGCAGAGUUCGAAGUGGAGGUGGAGGAAGUGGAAGGCAGAGAGACGGCAGCAGUGAGCGAUGACCCGAUCAACAAUGUGACCAUCACCCAAGAGCGCGACAUCUCUCUGUCACGGCGUCUGGCUGACAUCAAGCAGAAGAUGGUGAGACAUCUUGUGAUGCGUGUUGGAGCUUUAAACGAUACAGCAGCCACUGGUGGCGGUGGCAGGAAGACUCGGAACCGAAAGAAAGUCGGAAAGCCUUCCCAGCAAACAAAGGAUAUUUCAUCUCUCCGAUACAGAAUCAAACAACUGACUUCUGAUCAAGAAAUGAAGCAGAGAAGUCUGGAUGAAUUGACGAUUCAACUUGAGAACCAGGAAAUGGAGUGUCAGAGGAUUCAGUUGGAGAGUGAGGGAAGAACGAAAGACUUGCAGGAGCAGAUUGUCCAGAAGGACAGACUAAUGAGUGACCUUAAACAGACGGUCUCUCAUCUCUGCUCGAAACUGACCAACAGCUGUUUUAACAACGAUACCAACAACAACAACAACAACAGUAUGGCUUCCUCUCGCUCCAUCCAUUCAUUGCUGCAGGAAAACAAGGAAUCCAUGUUAGAUCUUUCUGAGAAGAUUCAAACCAAAGAAUUGAGUUACGAAGAAGCUUUAACAGCUGCCCACACAGACCACCAGAGCCAGCUACAGAAAUUGCAGUCCGUCCACCAGGAGGAAGUUGAAUACUUACAGCAGGAACACAGCAACAGCAUCGAAGCUAUAACGGUCAGUCUGCCCAUCUGUCUGCUUGCCUGCCUCUUUCUCUGA